AAUGAAUAAUGGAGGAGCUAUACAUUAUUUUGUUCAUCAACAGAAUAGACACCCAAAUCAAGACCCUUCACAACAUUUUAGAAAAAUCACCAGUGACGGUUUCCUAGUUGAUGAGAUUGAAUCUAACCAAGAUCUGAAGGGUCCUCAAAAUGGUGACUGAUUGAAAAACUUCAUAAAGAAGCACUCAAGCUCAAAGAAAAAUAAGAAGACCAUAUUUACUUCCCAAAUAACAAAAAUGAAUAAUCAGAGCAAGAAUGUAGCCUCAUCUAGAAUGAAUCCUUUUCUUGAUCGAAUCGGAAAGGCUAAGUCCACAGCAUCAAAAAUUAAGGCUAUCAACACUGAUGAUUUCAGAGAGAGAAAUCCGAUACUUGAUCCUCAAUAUCACAGAGGAAGUGAGACCGACAGAAAUAAUUUAGAGCUUAAGAAAAGUCCUAUUCAAGCAAAGCAACUUAAAAAGCCAGUUGCACAUAAAAGCCCAAUGAUUUGUACAAAGCAUAAGACUAUUGAUGUUUUAUCAGCUUUAUCAUCAAGAAAAAAUCAGAAGAGGUCAGUCUCAAAACCACCAGACGCGUUUUCAAAUUCUCCACAAGGCCAUAUGAGAUUUAGCUAUGAUUCUUCCCAAUUCAAGAAGAAGGGAGCCAAAAUUAAGGCUAGAAUCAAAAGGAAAAGUUCUAUAAAAUUUACAGAUAUUGGUUUAAUCAACACUGAUAAGAAAAAGGUCUCCAGGAUUGUUGAUAGCUUUAAUAAGCAGCCUGAGUUACAAGAUAUGAUGAGUCAGCCUAGUUUAAGAGCUAAAAGAAUGAAGCAUGCAAAGAAGAACAAGAGAAUAUUUGACUCUAAUGGCAAUAAUGUUAAUACACAGAAUUUGAAAGUACCUACUUUUAAUCAGAAUAAAUUUAUGAAUAGGAAAACACACAGAAAUCAAAAGAGCGUAAAUGAUAAGACCAUCACAUUUGACUUAAGAAAUAAAGAAACUGGCCUAAAUAUGAUGAGAAACACAGUAGAAAAAGGAUUUACAACUCCAACUGUUUCUCAUGCAAGAAACAACAAUCUGAGUCUCAGCCAGAUGACGAAUUCUAAAAAGAUGUUCGCUUCAGACAAGAAGACAGAGAGGGAUCAUAAGAUAUCGGGAGGCAGGUCUAAUUCUCUAUCUCAAAACUUAUUGAAGAAGAUCCAGCUGACCCCUAUGAUCGAGGUUAUUCCAAAAGAAAGAAGCUAGCUAUAUUUUGACCAUAACGGC